GUCACAGAGCCAAAACGAAGAUACAAAUAGAAUAUGAAUCAAAUAAGAGCAAUCCAGAAGCUUAAUCAGCAGGAGAUUGAGAAUGGAAUCUCCCCAGAAGGCUCAUGGCAUGUCGACUAUCGCGACACAGCAUUUAUUUACUUCGGAGGCCUUCCCUACGAGUUAACGGAAGGCGAUGUUAUUACUAUAUUCUCACAGUACGGAGAACCCACAUUUCUUAAACUCGUUCGCGACAAGGAGACGGGAAAGUCGAAGGGCUUUGGCUGGCUUAAAUACGAAAACCAAAAAAGUACCGACCUGGCCGUCGAUAAUCUCGGUGGUGCAGAAAUCGGAGGAAGACUGGUCAAAGUCGACCAUGCGAGAUACCAGGGCCGCGAUGACGAAGACCAAGACGAAUUCAAAGUUGGCUGGGAGGACAUCCAACGCCGCGAAGGCAAACCUCUAUCCGACGACGAGAGCAGUGAAGACGAGCGACGGCCGAUACUACCGGAAGAAAUUGAACUAGCUAAGCUGAUACAGAAUCAUGACGACGAUGAUCCCAUGAAAGGAUUCCUUAUUGAAGAGAAGAAAAAAGAGGUUGAAGAGGCCAGAGCAAAAGCCGAAAAGAAGGAGAGCCGCCACCACCACAGACACCGAAGCCACCGAUCUCGAUCAAGCAAAGAUAAAGAUCGUCAUGAGAGGCGCCGUAGCCGGUCACCAGCUGACCGAGAACAUCUAUCUCGACAUGGUGAUUCCAGAAGCAGCAGGGAGCACAGGAGUCACCGCGAUGGUCACGAAAGCCGGCGUGACAAGAGAGACGAUAAGAGUCGAAGCGACCGUCGUCACCAAGAAAGAUCAAAUUACGACGAUGAUAAGCGAAGACGACAUAGACAUGAUGAUGAUAGCGAUCAACCACGCGACUCGGAACGUCGUGGGCAUGACAGACGCCGACGAAGCAGGACGAGGUCUCCUCACAAAAGUAAUUGAUGGGGCGCAUUUAAGUAAAGAAAAGAUACCCAAUAUAUUGAUAAUAAACUCAGUGUAAACGCCAUUUCUAUGCUGCCCAUUGCUGUUCCAAAUAUGCAUGCUCUACAUUGUAAACCCGCGUAUGAUUGCUCUCUAGUUGCCAAGAUAUCGUUUCCAUCCCUCUCUAACACAGUGGCGCUUUCCAUCCUCGCCGUCAACUAUGACAAACUUCUCCCAGCGGGCAUCGCGACCGGCUCCUACCACUACCAGGCUAUCUUCGUUUAUCCAACCGAUGAUGCCCUUUGACGGGCGUAUCGUGCCCAGCGUCGUGCCUUCGGAAAACGUGAUGCCGCCGAUCAUGCCCUCGUCGCCAACUUCAAAUGGAGCUGAAGUAAAAGAGUACACGUCCGAAAAUACUCUUGGCAUGAGAGGAAUGCGCCCCAAGAUACCCCAUUUCCCAGUAUCGCCGUCGUUUCCUGCUGUAGAUUGAACGGAAGCUCGCUUUUGGAGGGGCAGGUCGAAGAUGUGCAGAGUUGCUUUGUCGGAAGUACAGGCCAAGAGACGACCUGACGGUGAGAAUGCUAGAGAGAAGAUGGUAGCAGGAUCAAUACCCCUCCGUAGCUCAGCAAUCUUUGCACAGUUGGCUGCAGAAUAUACACGGAUGAGUGUACCAGUCUCGCUGGCACUUGCGAGCAGCUCACCAUCGGCGCUUAAUCUAAUAGCUUUCAACGCCGAUGAAUGAGCUGGGAUGAUGCUGACAUUGCCGGUGGCUAUCUCGACCAGCUGUAUCUGCCCAGUAGUUCGCCCUGGAAAUGCUAGUCGGGUUUCUGAGAUGCAACAAAGACCGGCGUGAUUGUCGGCUGUUUCGUAAACAUGGCGGAGAACCGGUGGUUUUGCAAAGGUAUAAACACGCACGCUAUUCUGUAGAACAACUGCAAUGUGACCACCACCCAGUUGAAUGCCGCGGACAGAGCUGAGCGCGGCGAUAUCGAGGGCAACUUUGCCUUUCAUGUCAUCCCAGAUAAUGGCCUAGUC